GGUUGAGGUUUGUAACUAUCACGUGGCCGGAAUUUUUCAAUGGCGCAUGCGUACUGGAGUCGCACUGUGGCGUUUAUGUUGUGCUAUUAGAUCUUCAGAAUGUCGUUUUGUUCUUUUUUCGGGAAGGAAGUGUACAAAGACCACUUUAAACCAGGAAUAUAUGUUUGCUCUCAAUGUGCAAACCCAUUAUUUUCAAGUAGAUCCAAGUAUGUCCACUCCUCACCUUGGCCAGCCUUCACAGAAACCCUGCAUGAGGACAGUGUAACUAAAGUGAUGGAGACACUCACAGCUUAUAAGGUUCUGUGUGGCAAGUGUGGUAAUGGACUAGGCCAUGAGUUUCUAAAUGAUGGUCCAGAAAAAGGAAUUUCAAGAUUUUGAAUUUUUAGUCACUCGUUGAAGUUUGUCCCAAAAGACAAAGUUGAUCAGCACUAAAAUAUGGAUGUAAACAAAGAGCCAUGAACAAGCUCUCAAGCUGUUCUUGCAUGUACUUUAAGAGGACGCUCAGUUCAUGAAGUUGACAGGGAAAAGUCCAACUGGAGACCCUGUUUACAGAUGUAUGUGGUUGUCCUCCUUAUACCUCAUUGUUAAAAAAUAUAAAUAUAUUAUAGAAUGUAAAACGUGCUUCCAUAUGGGUCAUAGUAAUUAAUAUUCUUAUAUAAUGGUUAGCACUGUUGCCUUGCACCUCCAGGGUCCAGGAUCGAUUUCUGUCACACAUCGAUUUCUGUCUCAGGUCUGUGUGCAUGGUGUUUGCAUGUUCUCCCUGUGCUUGGUGGGUUUCCUUUGGGUAAUCUGUUUUCCUCUCACAGUCUAAAGACAUGCAUUAUAGGCUAAUUGGCAUUUCUAAAUUGGCCAUAGUGUGUAAAUGAGUGUGCCCUGCGAUGGAUUGGCACCUUGUCCAGGGUAAACACUGCCCCUUGCUCUAAGCCUUCUAGGAUAGGCUCCAGGCCCUCCAUGACCCUGUAUACAUGAAAAGGCGUUAUAGUAAAUGAGUUAGUGAGUAGUACUCUCCAGGUCUGUGCUUCUCAAACUGGAUAUUGUAAUGUAUAGAUGUUUAUUACUUUUUGUAAAAAUAUUAUAAUUUUGUUAAAACUAGAAGAAAUAUGGUGGAUCCUUUAAUGAUGACAUUUUAUUUGGUUUAGAUGAAAUGUUCAGGUAAAUUAAGGCUUUUGUCAAUAUGCAUAUUUGUACAUAUUUGCAUACUGUACUGAAACAGUUAAACGUCUGGUAAAAAUAAAUCUGUUAAACUACGCAGUUAAUUCAAAGAAGAACUUGUGAUGAAAUUUCUCAUGAAUGAACACAUAAAACCAAUCAGCAUUUACAGAACACUUGUAUUGUAGCACAGCAUAGUGAUGAGACACUCAGCUGCAGUAAAACAUCCAAAUAGAGCAAACGAUUUUAAAAAGGCUGUAUGUCCAUAAAUGCCAAUCCUAGCAAAGUAGCUUGGAGCCCACUGCAGUCAUAUGCAAGCGGAGCCCUCGUGCCCUAGUUCUUCUGGGAUAGGCUCCAGGUCCCCGCGACCCUGAAUACAGGAUAAAUCGGUAAAGAACAUGAGUAGUUGAGAUGAGUUAUUACCACAUCCCCUGUGCAGACCUACCUCUCUCCCAACGAUUUCCACUAGUAAUUAAAGGUGUUCCUGGGAGGUAAGUGUUUCAGCAGUGAUGAUGGCAUGAAACAGGCAGUCUGAUUAUGGCUUUCCUU